AGACGCGGCAGCGCACGUGCUCUGUUGCUCUUGUUAUUACCUCAAUCAGAACAGGUCAUUUAAUAUCACGGGAAAUCAGGACGAUUUUUCGAUUCAGACGGAUUCCAGGAUAUUUCAGGGACAAAAAUACUGCAGUCUCAUACGGGUGCAACAUGGCUGAAGAUCUACAAUAUGUGAAAACGGUCUUAUGAAGAAUUCUGCGCUCUCAAAAGAACACUUCAUAUUUAUCCAAAGAUCCUCAGGUUUACUCAUCUUUUAAUCCAGCAUGGCUGACACCUGGAUCAAACAGUCUACACAACAGUUCCAGGAAUUAUCCUUGAUAUCUUUCUGUUUUUCAUGGAGAAGCAGGAAAUAAGAUGGAAUUUCCUCCCUGUGCUUUUCAUACAGUCACUACGAGAUAAUCUCGCUGUCUGAUGUGUGUUCUAUAGAGGAGUGCUGUGGCACCGCUGUGUGCUGGUUUAUUCUGGAGUUACCUGUCUUUUGUGAGUUCUUGUCUGGGUCGAAGAGGUCCAGUUCGCUGCAGAAAUGCUCCAGACUAAUAAUUACUCGCUGGUUUUGCUGAUCCAGCUAGCACUGCUGACCUUUGACCUGUUCGUCAACUCCUUCAGUGAACUCCUGAGGGCCGCACCGGUCAUCCAGCUGGUGCUGUUCAUAAUCCAGGACAUUGGCAUCCUGUUUAACGUGAUCAUCAUUCUUCUCAUGAUGUUUAACACAUACGUGUUUCAGGUGGGACUGGUGUCCCUGUUACUGGAGCGAUUCAGAGCACUGCUCAUGCUGUCUGCACUUUACCUGACUUUCAGCAUCUGCUUUCACUGUUGGGUCAUGAACCUGAGGUGGAUGGAGUCCAAUCGUUUCAUAUGGACGGAUGGUUUGCAGGUUCUCUUUGUCUUCCAUAGACUGGCUGCUGUGUUGUAUUACUACUUCUACAAACGCACAACCGAGUACCUGGGAGACCCCAGACUUUACGAAGAUUCCCCGUGGCUACGCGACGCAUUCGCUAAAGCGCGACAGUGAGCUCAGAUAGUGAGAAACUCCUUAAACUUGAGCCAAAAUGGAGAUAUUACAGUGUGGUACAAGAAAAACAUUACUGACGACCGUAAACGUCAAAGAAGUGACUUGUUUUUACAAUUCUUUGAAUAAUGACCAGGAAUUUCAGGAAAACUAAAUACACCCUUUGAGCACGAAAACAAAAGACUAAAAAACGGCUGAACUGCAAAGGAAGAAGCCUCUGAGCAGAAGAACAAAUGGAGAUUUAAUCCCAUCUCUGAAAUAACCGAUGUUGGGAUCAACAAGAAAUUGGUGCGAUCAUUGGACGUCGAGGUGAAAACUGUCAUUUGAAUUUCUUUAAAUCUCAUCAAGCAGUUUUAAUACAGGUAUUGUCUUUUUAUAGAUGACAGCACGUGUUUCUCUUGCAUACAAAGAUGUUUGUAGCUUUUCCAAGACUUUACAAUCACUUUGAAGCUGAAAUGUGCCGCUAGUGCACCUUAUAAAAUUGCAAAACAAUGACCGUUUAUAACACUCCCCCAAUCUGCCAUUGGUCAGUCUAGCAGGUAGCCCCACCCUAAACUCGCACCAUUGGUUGAGCCAAUGUUGUUAUGUCUGGGCUAGUUACAGUGGUUUGAUUGCACAGACGACCCAAGAAAGGUUUCAUAAACUUCAGUUUGCCUUUUGAGAAGUGGAGUGUGAUUUGGUUUGAGGAAUCACCAUUGUUUUUAUGGUUUAAUUUUAUAUGUGUCAACAAGUUUUUAACAUUUUGUUUGUAAAUGUGCAUUUUCAGCAAACUAAUCAAAUUAUACAGAUGUCAGCAAAGUGUAAACAAAGUGCCUCGUGGUAAAGUCAUUAUGGUAAACAUUACGGAAAGCGAAUAAACUGUGCAGUUGCGACAGCGCAUGUGAAUGCUGUAAUAAUGUUCUUUUUCUGGCAAAUAUUGUACAUCUAUUUUGUGUCGUUGCUGACGUUAUAAUAAAAUCUUCCA